UUGAAUAUAGUUCUUUUUUUUUUUUUUUUUUUUUNAGGGAAUUAAUAUAACCAUAUUCAGGAAGAGAAUGUAUUAGCAUGUAGUUAUUGUAUUCGAUGUAUUCGAUAGUGUGUAAUAUAUAAUAUACAAUGUUUCAUGCAGGUAUAAAACCUGAAGAUGCAGGGUUAAUCGUAUCUUGUUCCUGGGAUGUAGCAAAUGAGAAAUGUCUACACGAUACGGUCACGUUGGACACAAGUUUUAAAAGAGGAAAGAAGGAAGACCUCGCCCAUAUAGUAAGCUUGGACACCUGUGUCAACUUGAUAAAUCAUAAUGUUGCAUCUGGUUACUUGAAGCUGAAACUCACUGUAUUAAAGACAUGGCAAAUAAAGAAGAUAUCUGUUGUAUCUGAGGCAAGGAUAAUUGAAAUAUAUGGGAAAUAUGGAGAGUACAUGAAAACUUGUUCCGCUGAAUUUUUCGAUGAAUAUGAGAACAUGUCAGUAUAUGUGGCAGAAGCUGUACUGACUGAGCCAUAUUUUCAAUGCAUACUGAAGGCAAGUUUCUAUAUUGAAGUGCUUUGAAUCAUUUAUUCAUUA